ACUCAAGUUCUUUUUAAAAAUGGGAAAUUGAUAACUUUUUUGAACUUUUUUUGGUGCAUUUCGUGAUAAAUAAAGAUGAUAAGGACAAAUUAGCAUCAUUCGUAACUCCCGCCGUCGUUCCUGUUGGAAAAGUGCGCCGGAAAAGUGUAAGAAUCUUGGAAAACCGCAGCGUUCCCAAAAAGACCGGGCUGACUCCUCGAGAAAGAUCGGGCUGAAACCACGAAAAAGAAUUCUAAUCCUAUUGGAAAUAUGGAGCGAGCGAGCGAGGAACAGGUCGUAACCCGAGUGCCGUGAAUUUCACCCAGUUUGGCCACCCAGUUUACCUUAGAUUGCCGGCAAAAUGACGGUGCUACACUGGAUGGAACGGAACAUCCACACGACGGCUCUGACGCCGCGUGAUUACCAAACGGAGCUGCUGUCGAUGGCCCGCGAGGAAAAUCUGAUCGUCUGUCUGGCGCACAAUUCGGCCAAAGAGUUCCUGGCGGUGAAGUUGAUCCAAUCACUUCGCUCGGACCGGGAUGAAAGAAGAGAAGAGGAUGCUGCUGCUGCAUCGGACUGGCGACUCCGGAAAACGGUGUUCCUUACGGAGCGGACGGAUCGGGCCGUGCUCGCUUCGAUGGUGGCCAAUUUAACUGAUCUCACGGUGAGCACGGUGGCGAAUGAUGGUGAGUUAUCAUCACGCUAUGAUCUCGCCGCCAGCGACGUUCUUUUCAUGUCGAGCGCCGCUGUACUGCUGGAAUUGCUUGACCAAGCGGAGGUGCUGCGAGUGGAGCACAUUCGGCUGCUGAUUGUGGACGAGUGCCAUAAAACCUAUGGCCAUCCGGAACUGUGGGAAGUAUGUAGUCGUAUCGAGCGGAGCAACGGGACGCGCACGAAAAUCGUUGGCCUGGCUGGACCACUACACGGUGCAAGCUGUACGCCGGAACGUCUAUGUUGGGAGCUCCAGUGUCUGGAGCGCUGCUUACGAGCGCGUAUCGAAACGGCCAGCGAUAUUACCAGCAUUCUUCGGUUCAGCACCAAACCGACAGAAUUGAUUCUCGAGUGCACUCCAGCGCGAGCGUCACCGCUAGCGCGUCACCUCCGCGCGCUCAUUCUCCGCCAGAUUGCCUUCCUGCAGGACCACCGGUACGAUCCACUGGCCAUGUACGGUAUGGAUGCCAACGAGAGCGAUGAUCUGCCUGUCGUCAAUGGGGAGACCGAUGGGGAGAAAGAAAAUGAUGAAGAGGAUGAGUUUCGGCGUGAAUUGCGCUCGAUACCGGAUCCAAAGGCCGCUCCCCUGCGUUACCUGCAGCAGUACCUCGAGCUGCUGGAUGAAUUCGGCCCAUGGGGUGCCGAUCGUGGUGCGCUCGAUUUGUUGACGACGAUCGAGAAGGAAAAGAUCCGCACACCGUACGAGCGCCACUUUCUGCUGCUCUGCAUGGUCUCCACGGUGUUAGUUCAGGCCCGUUCGAUGGCAGCCGGUGUCUUUGCACGGUACAGUACGGAGAUUGAACGGAUCCGGCGUUACUCGACACCGAAAGUGCGCCGUUUGCUCGAGGUUUUAGCGUGGUUCGGCGAACAACAGGCACGCCCGAAUGAUCAACACACCAACAACGGAUCGACAACGCUUCAACACCAGCAGCAGCAGCAGCAGAUGAUGUAUUGUUUCUGUCGUACGGCGGAUUGUAAAGAGUUGGGAAAAGAGUAUCACACAUUCGGUACCCGGAUCGGUGAUGUCGGUGAACGAAUCGAUCGCUUAGCGAAACAGUUGCACACCGUGCGCCAUGCAACCGAUCGACUGAUGCUAAAACAUCGUAAUCGGGAUGGUGGCUCCAGUGAGAUGAACGCUGGUUCCUCCCCACGGCACCACGGUACAGCCCAACCGCACACCGAUGGUCGUCCCAGUAAUCUUCGAAGACGACGAUGUUUUCCAGGUUCAGGUGCUGGUGGUGGUGGUGGUGGAGGUCCACCAUGGCUUAAUGGAGCUACGGGAUACCAUCCAAGGGGCCAUCACGACAGCGGCGGUGGUGCAACGGAGGCACUGUGUGGACUGAUCUUUUGCAAUGAUCGCUCAAUCGCACGCAUACUGUACGUGCUGCUGUACGAGGUAGCACGCUCCCAGCCCGAAUACGCCUUUCUAAGUGCCCAGUACACGGUUGAUAAGGUGGUAGAUCCGCUCACGGAUGCGCAGCAUGCGGCACUUGAGCAUCGGAAGCAGGAGGAAGUGUUGAAGCGUUUCCGAAUGCACGAUUGCAAUCUACUCAUCGGUACGUCCGUGCUAGAGGAAGGUAUCGAGCUGCCGAAAUGCAAUCUCGUAAUCCGCUGGAGCCAACCCUCCAACUACCGCUCGUAUGCACAGUGUAAGGGAAGAGCGAAGGCACCGGGCGCUUACCAUAUUCUGUUCGUUACACCCGAUGUCGGCAGUGGUGGUGAUAAGAGCCUGAAGCAUGAUCAACCACUCGAUGACCCAAUUCAGGUGGAUGAGGACACGGCUGUAGGUGAUGGUGUGCUAGAUCGCAACGUCGGUUGUGCUGAUCCAGCUGAUAAAGAAUUGAUUGAACGCUGUACGGAUGCGAUAAUCGAGCGGGUGGCCAUCUACAGAGAGGUGGAAAAGCUAUUACUCUCCAAGUGUCGCAACGGAGAACCAGAGGAUGGCGAACUGAAGCACGCCGAUUGCUUUAAUCACUGCCUAGAGAUCUUUCGGGCUGCACCUUCUCCCGACCGAAGCCCACAGGCCAGCGGUGGGGCCUCACUCGGGCUGAGUAAUGCCGUCCAGACGCUCAACAAGUACUGUGCCAAGCUACCGAGCGAUACGUUCACGAAGUUAACACCGAUCUGGCGCUGUGCGACCACGGUUCGCAAUGACCGCACGCUGUACCAGUACACGAUCCGUUUGCCAAUCAACUCUCCCUGGAAGGAGGACAUUCUGGGCCUUCCGAUGCCAACGGAAACGCUUGCUCGGCGGAUGGCGGCAUACAUUGCCUGCCGGAUGCUACACGCUGCUGGUGAACUGGACCACUCGUUUCAACCCUUCGGCAAGGAAGCAUUCCGGGCGUUCGAGGCCGAUUGGGAAAAUUUUGAGCUGGACGAGCUGGAUGCCAAGAUACUGAGCGAAAACAAUGACCCCCGGCCCGGAACGACAAAACGUCGUCAGUAUUACUACAAGAGGAUUGCCUCAGUGUUCAAUGAAUGCCGGCCUGAGGUGGGUACUACGGCCUACCUGUACUAUAUGCGCAUGGAACUGAUCUGUCCGAUACCGGAGGAACAGAAUACGCGCGGGCGCAAAAUCUACGCCCCGGAGGAAUCCCCGCAAGGCUUCGGUAUCCUUACGACGAAGCUCAUCCCGAAGAUAAGCUCUUUUCCGAUCUUUACCCGGUCAGGUGAGGUGAAGGUAUCGCUGGAUCUGUGUCCGCAGCGUGUGCAGCUAACCGAACAGCAGCUCUCGAUGGUAAACUGCUUCGUUCGCUAUACCUUUACCAAAGUGCUGCGCCUCCAGAAGAGCCUAAUGCUGUACGAUGCAAACGCGACGGAGAACUGCUUCUUUAUCGUACCGACGAUCCGACAACCGACGGACGACGGUGGUGAUGUGCAGGUUGACUGGGCGUUUGUGGAGAAGAUUGCGCUAAACGUGGACCGGAGCGGUCCUACCUUCAUACCGGACGAGGCACGUAAAGGCUACCAGUUCGAUGUGAACCGAUUCCGGGAUGCGGUCGUUAUGCCCUGGUAUCGAAACCGAGAUCAACCACAGUACUUUUAUGUGGCCGAAAUCUGUCACCAUCUGUCGCCAAAGAGCGCCUUUCCGGGUUCGAACUAUGCGACGUUCGAGGAGUAUUAUCACCGGAAGUACGACAUCCAGAUCCAGAAUGUACGGCAACCGCUGCUGGAUGUCGAUCAUACGAGCGCCCGGUUGAACUUCCUAACACCUCGCUACGUCAACCGGAAAGGUGUCGCACUGCCGACCAGCUCGGAAGAAACGAAACGUGCUAAGCGGGAGAACCUAGAGCAGAAGCAAAUCCUCGUCCCGGAACUGUGUACGAUCCAUCCCUUUCCGGCUUCACUGUGGCGUGCGGCCGUCUGCUUACCAUGUGUACUGUACCGUAUCAAUGCACUGCUGCUGGCGGACGAGAUACGGCGACAGGUUGCGCGUGAUCUGAAGCUUGGCCGCGAAGAUCUCGAUCAGCUCGAGGGUGGCAAAUUUGAGUGGCCAAUGCUUAGCUUCGGUUGGAAUCUAGCGGAUGUGUUACGCAAAACCAAGGAACAAAAGGUUGCACAAGCAGCGGCUGCUGCUGCUGCAGGUACUGUAGCGACGGCGGCCAUCACACAAGAAGGCACUGGAAUGGAUGCAUCGCUACCAGAGGGAAAUGGACCGGAAUCGACAUCGGAAGGUACAGAGCAACCGGCAAUCGAAAGUGAUGGCCCUGAUGAAACCACGAAGACCACUGCCAAUCAGGAAGAUCAGAAUCCGGAUGAUGUGAACAACGUUGAAAAAAACGAGAACGGUCAGAGCGAGGAAGAGGCUCUACUGGAGAUCGGCACGUGGUCCAAUGAGAUGGCUGCCGGUGUGGACACGGGUGAAGACGGCGAAUCCGGGGUAGGCGGUGGUAAAGGUGCGUUCUUACGGUACGAUUCGGAUUGUGCCAGUAACAGUAGCGGCAACUAUUAUUCCUCCGAUGAGUACGAUGAAGAAGAGGAUGGCUAUCUGUACGAUGAUUCCGGUGGUGGCGCGUCGGAUGAGGAGUCAACACUACCUGCCAUUACUGCUGCAAUUACCGGUGAGUCCGGUACGGAGCCGGGUGCGUUGUGUGAGAUGAAUGGUUCUGGGAAGUCUGCCCCAGCAGCACCAGAGACCAUCGUGAGCACCGUGCGACGGUUAAAGAUUGAAUUCAAAUCGGAAACGAUCGCCGAAGCGAUCGAUUCGGAACGCGAUCUGCAACGGCAGCGUACCCAGCAAAGCAUUAUUCAGCGAUCGCGCCAGAACGAGCGAUUGUACCAGAUUACCAAGAAUGCUGCCGAAGGUUUCAGUUGCUCGCUCGCCCUUGGCACAAUGGAUGCCAACGAAAGGGCGCAAGCGGAGCAAAGGUUCGCAGAACAAAAGAACCACACCAAGGAUGCAAUUCGAUUGCACGGGACGCUCGUUCGCUGGAACGAGUCGCUCACCGUGGAGCACUGGCGCAGUCGGCUGGAGGCGAACGAGCUCGCCACGAUGACGGCGCUAAUGAACGACAUGGGAGGCCGUGCCUUCAUCGAGUUCGUUCCGUACAUCGAGGAGCAGGCACUGUUCACCAUACUCAUCCGGAAUGGUAGCACCGGUGAGCGCUGGUUGCGAUUGCACGAUUUGUAUCAGCUGAACGCGCGCUUCUUUCCCGAACAGUAUACCGUGCUGCGUGGUGGUUCCCAUUUCGAUCACUUUCUCGAUGAAGACGAGGGCCAGGAUCGGCAAUGUAAUGACGUGGGAGAUGGAUCACAAACGAAAGUAAUCACACUCACGAUACGUGAUCCAUUUCCAGCCAUAGCUGCUGGUCAAACGGCUUGCAAUUACAAGGUAUCUCAAGAUCCGGAAACGGAUAUAGCGAAGCAGUUCAACGGUGAGCAGCAGCAGCCGCAUGAUGAUGAGACUACUAGCAUUACAUUCAACUUCGAUGAACAGCCAGAUCUGGAGCACCAUCCGGGACCCAGUCCGGCAAUUAUACUGCAAGCACUAACCAUGUCUAACGCGAACGAUGGCAUCAAUCUAGAACGAUUGGAAACGAUCGGUGACUCCUUUCUCAAGUAUGCCAUUACAACCUACCUGUACUGUCGCUAUGACAACGUGCACGAAGGUAAACUUAGCCAUCUGCGAUCGAAGCAGGUUUCGAAUCUGAACCUUUACCGCCUCGGACGCCGGAAACGGCUGGGUGAUUGUAUGAUCGCGGCCAAGUUCGAACCCCAUGACAACUGGCUUCCACCGUGCUACUACGUACCGAAGGAACUCGAACAAACACUCAUCGAUGCGAAGAUCCCAGCGUGCCACUGGAAUUUGGCCGAUCUGCCCGACAUCAAGCGGCUGUCGUGUGCGGAAAUCUGCCAGCUAGUCAAAGAGCGAGCCCGGGCUAAGCGCAGAGAAGACCUUGAACGAAGAAACAUACUUACACACACGAAUCCGGGCACCCAAGGUGUUAACGGACAGCCUGAUAUGGAUAAUGAUGAUAAUGAUGAUGAUAAUAAUGAUGGGGAGGACGAGGAGGAGGAUGAUGAUGAUGAUGAUGAUGAUGAUGAGGAUGAAGACGACGACGACGAUGAUGAUGAUGAGUGUAAUGAGGGUGGAUCCGAUUUCUUCUCCUGCUUCAUCCCAUACAAUCUCGUGACGCAGCACAGCAUCCCGGAUAAAUCGGUGGCCGAUUGCGUCGAAGCACUGAUUGGUGCCUAUCUGAUCGAAUGUGGACCACGUGGUGCACUCCUAUUUAUGGCCUGGCUCGGUAUUCGAGUGUUGCCAAUACGCAGUAACAAUGGUGUCCCGAAAGCGAUCAGCACGGGCAACACGCAAGAACUCGUGCAGUACGGACGAGGAACCGUCGAUAUAACCGAAUAUGGACACUGGGUAGCACCACCGUCACCGAUGGUGCGAGCGAACAUUACCUUCGGUGGCCUAGAGAUCGGUGCUCGUGCCACCGCCCGUGAACUUAACCGUCUCCUCGAAGGCUUUGAGGUGUUUGAACGCUCGCUCGGUUACCAUUUCCAGGAUCGGUCCUAUCUGCUCCAGGCCAUGACACACGCUUCCUACAGCCCGAACCGGUUGACUGACUGCUACCAGCGGCUCGAGUUCCUUGGCGAUGCCAUUCUAGACUACCUGAUUACACGCCAUCUGUACGAGGAUCGGAGGCAGCAUUCGCCCGGUGCGCUCACCGAUCUCCGAUCGGCACUGGUCAACAAUACAAUUUUCGCCGCGCUCGCGGUUCGCCAUGGGUUUCAUCGAUAUUUCCUACACCUGUCGCCCGGUCUGCAGGAGGUAAUCGAUCGAUUCGUGCGGAUCCAGCAGGAGAACGGUCAUCGUAUCACCGAGGAGGAGUACUACCUACCCGACGAGGACGACGAUAUGCUAGCAGCCGAUGGAGGCUUCGGUGGUGGGUUCGGAGAGAUAGAGGGAGGCCAAGCGUUGAUGGGUUCUGGCGAGGCGGAAGACGUCGAAGUUCCGAAAGCGCUCGGCGACGUGUUCGAAUCGAUCGCCGGAGCCAUCUUUCUAGAUUCCGGCAUGUCGUUAAACACCGUGUGGAAGGUCUACCGCAAGAUGAUGGGUCCUGAGAUAGAGAAGUUCAGCAGCUCCGUACCCAAAUCACCGAUUCGAGAACUGCUGGAAAUGGAACCGGAGACGGCCAAGUUUGGCAAACCGGAAAAGCUUGCCGAUGGUCGGCGUGUGCGGGUCACCGUCGAGGUGUUCGGUAAAGGCACGUUCCGGGGUAUCGGGAGAAACUAUCGUAUCGCCAAAUGUACCGCCGCCAAGUGCGCUCUUCGGCAGCUGAAGAAGCUUGGCUACAGUAGUCACCACAAGCGCCGAUAAUGGAUUAGGGUUGGCAAGCAACGAAAUACUUCGAAUAUCAUUCCUUCUCAUGCGAUUACUCUAAGUAGUGAAAUUCAUAAUGAAGUCCUACACUUCAGGGACCCGCUAAGUGUGAAAAGAAGCUAAAAGGUAAUAAACGAUUGACCAGUGCA